UUGGCAGUGCUUUGAGGAAUUCAGGAGCCCACCCUCUCAGGAGAAAUACCUUAGAUACAGUUCUGUGAAUACAUGUAGUGUGAAAUCAUCACGUAAAUGUAUUCACACUGUCGAGAUCUAUUCAUGUCUGCUUUUUUCCCCACUAUUUUAAAUCGUUUUUGUUGAAUUAUGAGAAGGGAGGAGGACCGUGUGGUGCUCCAGGUUUUGUUUCGGCUCUCCGUCUCUUUAAGUCUGCACCACAUCUGAUACUUUGGGCCUUUGUCGUUUGCACCGCAGUGAGUGCUCUGCUCCACAUUUUGCUUGGCUGUUCUCACCACACGGGCGCUCACCCGUGGCUGCGUAAAAAGCCGCUGCGCACCGCUUCGGAAAUGUAGUUUUGCGCGUUCCCGGCGGUCUCCAAAAAAUGGACCUAAAAUCCGAACUCCUGAAGUCCAUCUGGUACGCUUUCACGUCGCUGGACGUGGAGAAGUGCGGGAAAGUUUCCAAGUCGCAGUUAAAGGUGCUGUCCCACAACUUGUACACAGUGUUGAACAUCCCACAUGAUCCCGUUGCUCUGGAGCAGCAUUUCCAGGAUGAUGAUGAUGGACCAGUGUCUAAUCAUGGCUACAUGCCCUACCUCAGCAAAUACAUACUGGAUAAGGUCAAAAAGGGGAUGUUUGAUAAGGAGAAAUUUGAUGACCUGUGCUGGACAAUGACCAUGAAGAAGAAUUUCAGAAGGGUGCCACAGGGGACACUGCUAUCGGAAAGGGACUGCUUCAAGCUCUUCUGUUUAUUCAACCUUCUGUCAGAGGACCGAUACCCACUGGUGAUGAUACCAGAGGAGGUGGAGUAUCUCCUCAAGAAAAUCUCCACUGCGAUGAGCGAGGAGUGGGAUGGGAAGCCCAUGGAGGACUUACUAUCGCAGGAUGCUACAGUGUGGGAAGAGGGAAUGUCCGUGUGGACCUUCCUGGAGGAUAUGAGUGCAGGCCGGCUGCUGAGCGUCACCAGCGCUGAGGCCUUCAGCCUGGCUUUAGAUGAGGUGUUCCUGGAGAUCUAUCACAGCGUUCUCAAGAGAGGUUACAUGUGGAAAAAGGGGCAUGUGCGUAGGAAUUGGACUGAGCGCUGGUUUGUGCUGAAGCCCUCCUCCAUGGCCUACUAUGUCAGCGAGGACUUAAAAGACAAGAGAGGGGAGAUCCAGCUGGAUCAGAACUGUGUCAUAGAGUCUAUUCCAGACAGGGAGGGAAAGCGUUGUCUGUUCUGUGUGAAAACCCAUAGUAAAACCUAUGAGAUGAGCGCACCUGACCAGAAACAGAAAGUGGAGUGGACUCAAGCCAUUCAAACUGCCCUCCGUCUUCAGAGUGAGGGAAAGUCUUCCCUUCACCAUGAACUCAAACUGAAGAGACGGAUCCAGCGGGAAAACAGUCAGCGGGAACGCAGCCGGAGCGCCCGCAGCAGCUGCAGCAGCAGGGGCAGCCAAUCUGAUGACUUGACUAUCCAUGAGACGGAGAAGACAGAAAAAGAGAAAGACAAACAGGACUUGGAGAUUGAAAACAUUAUCAAGCAUGCACGGGAACUGGAAACUCGCCGAAGGGAGGCAGAAGAGAGAGAGCGGAGGAAGCAGAGGGAGGUGCAGAUGGAACUGGAAAGACAGCUGAAAGAGGCUGAGAUGAUAAAAGACAGCAUGCAGGCUGAGAUGCAGGUGAAGGAAAAGGAGGCUGAACAACAGAAGAAGAGGAUCAGGGAGCUGGAGCUGACACAGCAGCAGCUGGAAGUUGCCCUUAAUAUGGAGAUCCAGGCUCGGCUGGAGGAGGAGAGGGCCAGACUGGAGCUUGAGCGGUUGCUGCAGGCUGAAGAUGAAAAGAGGAAACAUUUCCAGCUCCUCCAGGAGCAGCAACGUACAAUGCAAAACCUCAGCCCCAUACAGGAGCUGUCAGAUGGCAGUCCCGAUGAGGACACCCCCUCAGCCCUCAACUCUGCCUCUCAGGAGCUCCAGGAUCUGCAGGCAUCUCGCCAAAGAAGCCACCAGCGUCUGGAGGAGGUUCAGGAGAGGCUGAGGAAUGCCAGUCAACAUGUACGGCACUGGAACAUCCAGCUGAACCGACUGAUGACCCCCAUUACUCCUGCAGAGCGACUGGAAAGCCGCCUAUUAUCAAAGCGCACAUGCCCUAAAAAGGAGGGCGCGCUGGCCAGUAAUGAGUUCAUCACUAAGUUUAAGAUAAGAGUUGAUCAGAAUAGAGGCGAUGAUGAAAGUCUGGAGCAUCAGUUGGAGGCUGCCAACCUGUCUGAUGAAUCGUUCGAGGCCCAGACAGAAGUCAACGGACAAAUAUGAUCAGACAUUUUAAAAACGCGAGUUGAGAGUUAAGGGGGAAAAAUUUUGUAAUAAGUAUAUAUUUGAAUUGCACACUAAGAUAUAAAGUGAUGGCAGCGAGCACAGUGUUGCAGGAUUUAGUUAAGAACACAUCUGACUAAGACCAACUGAAAUUUAGAGUUGUGUAUAAUAAAGUUUAUUCAUGGUUAAUAAAACAAAUCUGUAAUAUUUUUCUUUCUCUUUUCUCCAUUUGAAUCUCGCUACAGCUUAAAUAAAAGACCAGAAUGUGUUUUGAAUAAAUUAAACUCUAUUCUCUCUUUUUCUUUCUUUCUUUUUUUCUUGGUGGGUUUUCUUUUGCAAUCAAACGCAACAUUAUACAAUUAUAUAGUAUAGUAAGAAAUAUCCUUUAACUUAAUUUAGUAUUUGUUUUUUAAUUUUUGUUUUUAUUGUUUCCCCUUCAGUUUUGUGCUUAUAACAUGUUCUAAUCUGACAUAUUAUGCAGUAAAUUAUUUUUGCAAUAACUUAACAGGCCAUAAUGGGAGCCAACAUUCACUUAUCAAAGACAUUUCCUAUUCUGUGGGCUGCUUUAUGGUUGUGUCAUUUAGAAACAUAAGCCACGACAGACUUCCACCGGAGAGUACUUAAAAAUGUAUUUUUAUGUAAAAAUAUUUUAAUUAACUACUAUAUUAAGAGAGAACCUAUUGUUACAUGGAUUAAUUGUACAAACUGUAGAGAAAUAAGUUUAAGCGUGCAACUUUUUAUUCAUUUUUAACUGUAUUAAUGUUUUUAUGUUGAUACAGCUGCCUCAUAUCUGUUUCCUCAGUGUUUUUUAAACCAUGUACUCCAUCUAUGAGUAAGAACAUGAAUAAAUUCCUUUCCAAA